AGUUUUUCGUGCUGCUGUUUGAACGAAGUUCUGAGGAAAAGAAUUAGUUUUUGUUCCAAAACUCCUUUGUUUGAUAAAAAUGUCAUCAUCAAAGAACAUAUACUAUUCCGAAAAAUACUUCGAUGAAGAAUUUGAAUACAGGCAUGUGCAUGUUCCCAAGGACUUGGUGAAGCAGAUGCCCAGAGAGCGAACAAUGUCUGAGGAUGAAUGGCGGAGAGUUGGUAUCAUGCAGAGUCAAGGAUGGGUCCAUUAUAUGGUUCAUAAACCUGAACCAAAUGUUGUCCUCUUCCGACGACCGUUGACAAACGUUACAAAUCAGGGACAAGGUGGUCAGAUUCAGAACAACAAACAUGACAAAUGCAAAUAAUCUGUGAAUUUGUGUGGACACUGGAAAAGACUCUAACCAGGAGAAGCAAUUUAACCAUGCCAGUUUUAUGACAAUAUCUCCAGGCUGUGCUUUUCGUUCGGAAUUCUCACAAUCGCCCUUUGUGAUAGAUAGGGAAAGAUUUUUUAAAGUUGAUUAUCCUUGUCUAAAAAUUUGUCCGACCAGCCAGAUAGAUCUUCACUGUCAUCCUGCGACCUCUUGGUAUUAGCUGAGCUUGCAGAGCUUUGUCAGUUAGGCAAAUGAAGAAGCCAUCUUCUUGUAACUGCAUCUCCAGCCAGGGAGGCAGUUUAUAAGAGUCUGUGUUCAACUCCCUGUCGGCCUGUGCAUUCAUGCUUACCUUUGAUAACCCAGUCUCCCUGAUCAGGCAUACCACUGUAGAACCCCUCUGUGUUGAUCUUAGUGCUGACAUAAUCGAGCAACAUGUGGUUUUGAAUGGAACCUGGGAGGAACCAAGUAAAUCUGUGUAAUACUUUAAGACAUUGAUCAUAAGAAAGUAUGGGGUGAUGAGAGUACAGCUAUUGUGGUUGAAGACUACCUCUAGUAAACUGCCUGCGAUGAUUAUGGUAAAGUUGGUACGUGCUGAUGCUAUGUGUCAUGUGAAUAACCUUAUAAGAAAGUAUGUUGCAGUAUGAAAAUUGGUUUAAGUGUGAAUGUUACCAACAAUACAAUGAAUAAUGAUAUAUAUAGUACAUGAGUUGUUGGUCCCGGGGCGCGGUGCAUUAUGCCCCAGUGGCUGGUUUAGAAUCCCACACUGAGCUAUAACUAAGUUCUGAUCUUCAAAAAAGAAAAUGUUCCAUUUUGGUUGCGCAGACUUCUAAAGUGGUUUGUAUAGAUUAGUGAAUAUUUAUGUCUUCGAGGCAGAUUUCAGGGAUCAUCCUUUUCAUGACUUUUCAUAAUCUUUUGCCAACCAUUAACGUGUAUAUAUUUUUCAUGUCAUUCAUCCAUUUGUUUAUUAUACUACUUGGUAUUAAUCACCAUUGUACAUGAUCACAUUGUCUUUAACUUUGUCUUUCACUUGAUAAAAAGAUGAAUAUAGUGUUGGUGAUGAAAAUCAACCCCUGGAAAACAAAAAGGUGAACAGAACAUGUACAUAUGUAAUGUACACACAGAGAUGGUUCAUCUUAGCAGGGAAAACACCUAAACCUGCCCAUGUUUUACUGGGCCCAGUUGCUCAAUCGGUGUUGGAGACAAACACAAGUGUUGGCUCAAAUUAAGCCGAUUGUACAACCAGGCCCAGUACAUGUUGCAUCGUACCUAGUAAAACUACUUCUACUUGACUCCAUUGACCUAUGCCAGCUGCAGUGGGUCAUUGUUGGAUGUCAGAAGGGUAAAAUUUCAGGACUCCUACAUUUCAUUCAUUAGAACAAGUGCAUAUAAAAGGAUGGAUGAAUUGUAAUUUUAAUUACUAUUUGCAUAAUAAUAUUAAGAGCCCGGUAUGUUUCUUGGUCAAAAACAUUCUGAUUUCAAAUGAAGAAGCAAGGUUGUGUACAUGUAUUACACGUAAAACAUGAAAUUUGGUGUGCGCGCGUGUGUGUGUGUGUGUGUAUAUAUACAUAUAGGGCAAACCCGGCAAAGAGAAUGGGAAAGUGAAACCUUCAAUCAGUCUCAUGACUUUUUGGCCUGAUUUCUGUGAGAUUUAUCUUUCCUCUUCCUUGCAAGUAUACUUUGUAUGUGAAUGUCAAGAUCUAAAGAAGGAAAACUGGGAUAGGCUUACUAAGUUUUGUGAGCUAGAUUUGCUGAGAAUUGUACUUGUUGUAAUUUGAGUUCAUGUAAAG